GGGCAGGGAACAACUCUGAUUGGCUCAUGGAGGAACGUGAUCAGACGGUGGGUCCUGGUGGCGACAGACGUGGCAGCCACACGCCCUCCCUGCCGCGCGAUGGACCUGUGUUGCCUAGUGACAGAGAGCUGCUGGCCGGGAUGAUAGCUGAGCCUGCUUUUCUCUCUGAGUACACUAUCUUUGCUCUGGACCAAUCAAAAAGACCCAAAGCGCUCCAAGUUGUCAGUGCGGUUGACUCCCCCGCUUCUGGUGUAGGUCUGAGGUCUCCCAGAGGAAGCAUCAAUGGAGAUGGGGGUACUUCUCCUCAGAGGGCCGAGCCCCAGUCGCUGGCCCAGAAGCUCCUGAAGGUUCCCUCAGUGGAGUCCCUGCUCCGCUCAGCCGGCCGUGCCGAGGGCCUGUUCCGCUCCGCCUCCCGGGAGUCCCUGCCCCCCCUGGGGGAGGCGGAGCCCCCUGCCUAUGACCCCCCCUCCGACCUGGAGAGCGAGGUUGAGGAGGGGGAAGGGGGGGAGGUUUCUAAGGAACAACAGCCUCACCGUCUGGCAAGGCUGGAGAAGAGCCUGGGCAAGUACCGAGUGAAGUACUCUGAGCUGGUGACAGCGUACCGUUCAGUACAGCGGGAUAAAGAGAAAACCCAGGUUAUCCUCAGCCAGAGUCAAGACAAAGCCUUACGAAGGAUCGGAGAGCUGAGAGAGGAGCUUCAGAUGGACCAGCAGGCUAAGAAGCACCUGCAGGAUGAGUUUGAUUCUGUGCUGGAGGAGAAAGAUCAGAUGAUCACAGUUCUGCAGACACAGGUGGCCCUGAUGAAGAAGCGCCUGAAGGGGGCUGCUGGAGGAGCCAUGACCCAGGACAGUGAGCCGUCCCUGGGCCAGGAGACUGCAGACCCUACCUCCCCCCAGAGCCCCUCCAGAGACCCUGCAGCAGACUCAGGGGCCAGUGAUGCAGGGGGCGAUGGGGGUCCAGGCCAGACCUUGCAGGCGCUGCAGAAGAGGGUGAAGAGGCAGGAGAACAUCCUCCAGAGGUGUAAGGAAGUGUUGAGGACCCAUCAGGAGCGCAGCGCUCAACUGGGCAGUGAGAACGAGGCUCUGCAGCAGCAGCUGCAGGAGAGGCUGCAGGAGCUGGAGAAGACCAAGGAGCUCCACACCACAGAGAAGACCAAGCUGAUCACUCAGCUGCGUGAUGCCAAGAACCUGAUAGAACAACUGGAGCAGGACAAGGGCAUGGUGAUUGCAGAGACGAAGAGGCAGAUGCACGAGACUCUGGAGAUGAAGGAGGAGGAGAUUGCAGCACUGCGCUCCAGAGUCCAGCAGGCCACUGCUCAGAGGGACCUGCUGCAGGAGCACCGAGAACACUCAGAGAGGGCAGCGUUUGAGGAGCUGGAGAGAGCCCUGAGCAUGGCCCAGCGGGCGGAGGAGGGGCGGAGGCAGCUGGAGGAGCAGGUGAAGGAUGUGGAGCGGACCGGGGAAGAGGAGAGGAGGAAUCUGCAGCAGGAACUCAGCCGAGUCAAACAGGAAGUGGUCACCAUCAUGAUGAAGUCUUCGGAGGAGAAGGUUUGUGAGCUGGAGAAGCAACACAAAGAGGCGCUGGAGCAUAAGGAUCAGGAGGCUCUCGCUCGGAUCAGCCAGGCUGUGGAGCAGUGUGAGCAGGUGUUUGAGCAGGCGUCCAAGGAGCGGGUGCAACAGGCGGGACUGGAGCUGGAGGAAAUGCAGCUGCAGAGAGCUGCUCUGGAGGCAGCCGCCCUGAGCCGCUACCAGGAGGCAGAGCUGGAACUGGAGGCAGCCAGGACGAGGAUACUGGAGCUGGAGAGUUGUCAGGCGCAGAGUGAGCCGGCUGCAGACCAGGCCUCCCAGCUGGGGCAGGAGCACAGGUCGGGCCUGGAGGCUGGGCAGCAGGAGGCCCUGGAGAGGAGGCUGCAGGAGGAGGAGGCACGGCACAGGAAGGAGCUGGAGGAGGUCAGGCUGCAGCACCAGGAGUCUCUGGGAGGUGUGGAGAAAACGCUGAAAGAAGAGUUGAACAAGCUGAAGACGGCGUUGCAGAAAAAAGAAGAGGAGCUGGAGGAGCACCUGCAGCGAGAGAGCAGGCUGGUGGAGGAGGCGGAGGCCACGCUGCAGGAACGCGACACCAACGCUCGGGACCUGGAGGAGACCCGGCAGAGACUGGCGGCCGCUCGGACUGCUGAGGAGGAGCUGCAGCGCAGCAACACUCAGCUGGGCCAGCUCACAGACGAGCUCAGACGCUGUCACAGCAAGCUAGAGGACUUGGAGCGACACAUGGAGGCUGCACAGAGAGACUGUCUGCAGAAGGAAGAGGCUCUUCAGCUCAAAGUGACAGAGCUUCAGGAGACAGAGCUGCAGUUACAGCAGAGCAGGAAGGAACUCUCGGAGCAGGACGAGAGGCUGUGUGAGAAGCGGAGGGCUGGGCAGGAGCAGCAGGAGAGGCUGAAGAAACAGCUGGAAGACCAGAAAGCUUCUCACGAGAAGAAAAUGGAAAAUAUCAGGAAAGACAUAGAGGGCAAGUUGAAGGCACAGGAGACGAAGAUGGAGAAAUUUAAACAGAAAGCAAAAGAGAUGCAGGACAAGUUUAAGAAGAAGCUCCAGGAGAGCGAGGAGGCUCUGAAGGAGAAGGAUGCGGUGCUGCAGCAGAAGCAGGAGCAGGAGGCCCGGUUUCUGCUGAAGAAGUCUCAAGAGCUGGAGGAGGCGUCCCGGCAGGUUGGGAGGAGCAUGGAGGUGCAGGAGCAGGCCCAGCAGGAGGUGAGAGACCUGAGGGAGGAGCUGGCCAUCCGGGAGACCACAGUACAGAAGCUGCAGGCUGAACUGAGGGAGGCUGCGUCCCAGCGGGAGGCCCUGGCGGAUAGGGAGCGCAGGCUAAAGCAGCAGCUCGAGGCCAUGGAGAGGAACCUCAGCCAGACCCUCAGCCAGAAGAACCACACCCAGGACCAGCUCAGCAGGACCGGGGAAGAGAGCAAGGCCAAGCUGCAGACGCUGUCCCACAGAUGCGAGGACGCGGAAAGGAAGCUGCAGGCCCUGGAGGCUUCGCGCUCCCAGGAGGACGACCUGCAGCGGACGCUGGAGGAGGAGUUUCAGACACGGUCCGCUGCAGUCAGCCAGCAGCUGGAGCAGGUCUGUCUGGAGAUCCACACCAGGAUGGAGGGAGCAGCGGGUCAGCUCUGUGAACGGGUGGAGGCCAGGGCGGGAGAGCUGCAGGACAGGGUGUUCCGCAGUCAGAAAAGGGUGGCACACCUUAAAAAUGUCCUCCUCACCAAGGUGGACAGAAUCCGCACUUUAGAGGAGGGUAUCCGGCAGAGGACGGAGGAGAACCAGAAGCUAUGCAGUUCAGUAGAGCAGUUGACUUCUCAGCUCCAAGCGCACACGGAGCGAAUCCAAGCCUUAACAAAGGAGAAAGUCUCUCUACUGGCCGAUGCAGAGAAGCACUCUCAGGCUCUCUCAAAGAAAGCCUUCCGUGUGCAGCAGCUCAGCCAGGAGAACACUGCCAUCUCAGAGAAGGUUGAAAGUAGCACGUUGCACAUCAGCAACCUGGAGGGGGUGGUCCAGGACCUAAAGACCCAGCUGGUGGGGAAGGAGGAGGAGCGGCAGCAGGAGCUGCAGGAGCUGCUAAGACAGAUGGACAAACUCCACCAGGACAAGAUGGCCGCCACGGAGCAGGCUGAGGCGCUCAAGGAAAACCUGUCAGAGUUCAAGGGCAAGGCAGAGGCCAAGUUGACCCAGAGCCACGACACAGUCCAGGCCCUGCAGGCCCGGCUGGAGGGGAUGGAGAGGCAGCUGGCGGAGAGGGACGAGGAUCUGCGGAGGCUGGAGCAGGCCAGUGGGGACUGUCAGUCCAUCAGCAAGUCUGAGAUGGACCAGGCCCUGAGCGAGAAGGAGCAGAAGAUGAGUGCGCUUGGGGCGGAGCUGGAGCUCUGCAGCGUGACCCUCAGUGAGCGGGAGGAGCAGCUGGCCACUAGGACCCGGGAGUGUGAGCAGCUCACGGCUGAUCUGAGGCAGCGGCGCAGCCUCUGGGAGGCUGAGAGGAAGGAGAGGAGCGGGCAGCUGCAGCUCUCCCAGGACCAGUCCAGCCAGUGUGCCCAGGAGGCAAAGGAGAAGCUGCAGGCCCUGGAGAUGGAGAAGGUGAGGCUCAGACAGGAGCUGGAGGGACAGAAGGAGGAUUUUGAGAAGAAGGAAGAGGAGGUGCUGAGGAGUCAGGAGGAGAGGCUGACGGCGGAGGGCGCCGGGAAAAUGUCAGAGCUGAAGAAGAAGGCUGAGCAGAAGAUUGUCCAGAUCAGGAAGCAGCUCAACUCCCAGCUGGAGGAGAAGGACAGGAGCGUUAGGAGCCUACAGGCUCAGCUGGAGGAGGUGAAGAAGGAGGUGAAGGAGCAGGAGCAGAACAACAACAACCUGCUUGCUCAGCUGGAGGAGGUGAAGGAGCAGAGUCUGAAGACAUUGCAGGCUCAGCUGGAGGAGGAGAAGGAGCAGAGUCUGAAGACCUUGCAAGCUCAGCUGGAGGAGGAGAAGGAGCAGAGUCUGAAGACCUUGCAAGCUCAGCUGGAGGAGGAGAAGGAGCAGAGUCUGAGGACCUUGCAGGCUCAACUGGAGGAGGAGAAGGAGCAGAGUCUGAGGACCUUGCAGGCUCAACUGGAGGAGGAGAAGGAGCAGAGUCUGAAGACCUUGCAAGCUCAGCUGGAGGAGGAGAAGGAGCAGAGUCUGAGGACCUUGCAGGCUCAACUGGAGGAGGAGAAGGAGCAGAGUCUGAGGACCUUGCAGGCUCAACUGGAGGAGGAGAAGGAGCAGAGUCUGAGGACCUUGCAGGCUCAGCUGAAGGAGGAGAAGGAGCAGAGUCUGAGGACCUUGCAGGCUCAGCUGGAGGAGGAGAAGGAGCAGAGUCUGAGGACCUUGCAGGCUCAGCUGGAGGAGGAGAAGGAGCAGAGUCUGAGGACCUUGCAGGCUCAGCUGGAGGAGGAGAAGAUGACCAGGCAGAAAGCCCUGGAGGAGAGGAGGAGAGAGCUGCAGGGCUCCAUGUCGGAGCUGAGGGAAGAGCAGGAGAAACGCCUGGAACAGAUACGCAGCGAGGAGAGGCUGGAGAGGGACAGUUGUCUACAGAGGCUGAAAGACAUGUACGAGGAGAAACUGGCUUCCCUCCAGAAGGAAGAUAAAAAGGAGGAGAACCAGCCCGAUAAGACUGCAGCUAUGCAAGAAGAGAUCAGGCAGAAGCUCAGAGAGGCGGAGGAGCAGAACUCUCUCCUCCAAGCAGAACUCAGCCGUCUGGGCCGAGAUCUGGAGGAGAGGAGCUGGACCGCCAGAGCACCCAGGAGGGAGGAGGAAAAACAAUGCCUCCUGGAGGACGGGCUGGGAGGCUCUCUACAGAGCCAGCUGGCGGAGGCGACAGCUGAGAUGCAGAAGGUCCAGAGGGAGUUCCUGCGGCUGCAGGAGGACAUGCGGGCUCUGAGGCGGGAGCACCAGCAGGAGCUGGAGCUUGUCAGGAAGGAGCUGGGCGAGGAGAACGACAGGAAGCUUCAACUGGAGGUGGAGGAGGUGGAAGCCAGACACAGCUCGUCCCUGAAGCAACUGAUGAGGGAGUUCAACACGCAGCUGGCUGUGAAGGAGAGGGAUCUGGACGCUGCAGUGAAGGAGGCCAUCGGAAGGGCCCAGGGUGUGGAGGCUGAACUCAUGGCCGGCCACAGGGAGGAGGUCUCCCAGCUGCACAAGCAGAUCUCCCAGAAGGAGGACGAGAUGCAGAAGACGGUCCAAAGAUAUGAAGAGGUGCUGCAGAGUCGUGAGCAGGAGAUGGGGGACAGGGUGUGGCAGGUGCAGAAGGAGAUGGAGGACCUUCACACCAGGAUGCAGGACAGCCCCCAGCUAUUCGGCGUCCCCCUCAACACCCUCUUCCCCAUCCUCAUCAUCGAGAACAACAAGUUCAUUAUUAAGCAGCUCCUCUUCGUCGUUCUCCUCAUCCUGGGCUACUUGCGUGCGGUUCUCCUCCCCCCGCUGCCGGAGCUGCGCCAGCGGCGCAUGGCUGUCCCGCUUUGA